CGCGGAAACCAGGAACCGUUUCAGGAAAAAGUGGUGUGUUGGCAUCCUGGACAUUUUUUGGGCUCAAACUCCAAUAAAACAGACAAUCCCGUUGCUCUGCGCGCUUACGUACUUCAGCCAGGCGAAGUGUGAUGCCGACGAAGUUCGCCUAAACAGCUCGUAUUCUCGACGACCAGGAACAACAGUGGAGGGAGAAUGGGCAAGAAGGACGCCGGUGCCACCAAGUUACCAGUUGAUCAGUACAGAAAGCAGAUUGGUAAGCAAGACUACAAAAAGACAAAAUCUGUCUUAAAGUCGACACGGCUGAAAGCUGAAGCAAAGAAAAACUCCUCCAUAUUCAGGGAUGCGUUCCUGGUUAUCGCAGCUAUUCUCCUCUUUGUCCUCUGUGUUUACGCCUUCUUCUACCUGAACCUGAGCACCGAGAUCAACCUGGACGUGGACACGGAUUAACAAACUGAGAACAGUAAACCGAACCCUUUUAGGUCGUUCCUUUUUUUAUAUAGGCAAAUAUAAUUAUGUGAAUUAAACCUCUGCAAAUGUUUUAGAACUGUUUCUCAUUCAGCACCAAAUGAUGGUGUCUCCAGCUUUGUAUCAGCCAAAGCGGUCAUCUUCUACACUUUAUAUGCAAUAAGGUGACACUGACUGUGGGUGGAAAAAGCACAUCAAACGUUGCAAUUUCAUGUGGUUGGUUAAUUUUAAGAUAAAUUCAUUGCUUUUUUUUAGCCUGAAACAUUUUUGUUGUUUGGUAUCAUCCACUAGUUGUCUUACUCUAAACAAUACAAAGAAGCUUUCAGUAAAUAUUCUCUGGAAUGCAGAUGCAUCGAUCAAUCUUUUCUGGGCAGAUACGGAUUUCUUUUUUGCUUUGGCCCAACAAUUUUGAUUUCAACCAUUUUUUUUUUUUUUUUAAAGGAGCAACAUUUAACUUUUAGCCACUAGGGGCGCUAUACUUGUAACUUACAGGCUUAGCGUCCCUGAAGGCCACUGGCAACGCUGCACCGCCGUAAAUUUAAACAGUCUCUCUGUGAAGCCGCUUCCUACAGCCGAAAGCUGAGAACCGCGCCCUCGUGCAAGACCGAUGUGACGACAGCGACAGUCGAGCGCAGUCCCACCGGAGCUGUGGGGUUAGCUGUCGUGUUAUAGGGGAGCUCAGACUGCCGUAAAGCAUCGCUCCAGGUCACAUGAAGCGCCUAGUGCUGAAAAAUCAUGUAAUAUUUCUCAAAAUAAGCUAAUACUUGGGUCAAAAUUACAAAAUUGCUGCUGGACUAAAACGCACUCAGGCUCACUUUUAUGAACUUUCUUCUUUUUUCAACAAUUUUUUUUUUUUUGGACAUUUUAACACUAACCUCAAAAGAGAAAAAAAUCCUGCGCUUCUCAUUCUUUGACAGAGGUAUUGGUUUACUUUAAAAUCCUGCAGAAAAGAAAGUAAUUCCAAGAUUAUCUGUUUUUAUGCAUCACCGUAUGCAUUAUUGUUUUUUAUUUUUUAUUUUAAGUACAUGCUUUCACAUUCAUUUUCAGGGUAUGACCUGGAAAUCACCUGAGAGACCUAGCUAGAGGAAUUUCAGUCACUGGGCCGACGCGUCGGUGCAUCACUUCUGCGAAACCACAUAGGUCGCUGACAGCAUGAUUCGUUCUUGCCUGCUAGAUCUUUAUACAGCAAAGACAAUGAGCCUCUUUACACCUCAGUCAGGACUGAGCAUCGCCAGGCAUCGUCUGCACAGUCACGUCCCUUUGUUUUUCCACCACUAAUAGAAAAAUGUAAAUCAUCUGCUGCGGCUCCAGACAAACCCUUUCCUCACAUUCCAGUGCACAAAGCUCUCCUUGUGGAUAUCUCGAGAUCACAAAGUGUGAGAUUAGAAUCCGCAAAGCCCUCGCCCUGAUUGAACAUGUGUGCAGAAUACAGAACGUCACGGUGCACCUGCUGCACGCAGACAGGCACGUUCAGGGGGACCGCUGCAAAUACAAUCGGGUUCUUUCAUUUAAAUAGAAAUUAAAGGCUUAGAGAGAGGGGGGGGGGGGGGGCAGAGAAUGCCCAAAUAGUUUUUUCUUUUAUUAUUUUAUGUUAAGAAAUAUGAAGGUUGUUCGGUACUUUUUUCCACCACUUAUCUUGUUGUGCAGCUGGACUCCAAACUGCAAGGAGUGACCUUCUGUCUGCUGUUUAAGCCCAAGUGCUUCUACUCUGUUUUGUUUGCAAAAAAGUAUGUAGUCAAGAGUUGUUCUUAGAGAAGCUGUCUUCCUUCUUUUCUUUUAAGAAACUUUUCAAUUGCACUUCUCCCACAAUACAUAAAGGGCAAUACCAAAUACACAAGCGGCCUUGUGAUAGCUUUUUCUGUCCUUUAACUGAAUGAAGGUCUUAAAGUCUGGCUCUGAUUGUGUUCUGCUGCUGAAAUGCCUUGUGAAAUAUGACACAGAUUUUCCAGCUUUCAGCUUGUGUUUUCUCCCACAACCUUGCGACCUCUUGUAAAAAGAAUACACGUCAAAGAAACCAUUAUGAUUAGAACGCACCCGUACCCUCGACCAGGGGCUUUUAUCACGCUUUGGUACAUCGGGACUCCCCUCCUCCCUGCACUGUGAUUCACUCACAUGUGUAACAAAGGAAAGCCUGGCCUAAUAGACCUUCAAACAUGACACCUGUUAUCUAAAAGCUCACCAUUACCAGGUACAAGAGGUCUGACAUCAGAGAAAUGAAAAGACUCUGUGCUUUUUGUAUUGGUUCAGAUGAUGUUUAAUAUUUGUAUGAUGGUUUCUACUAUUGUUAAACCUGCUAGCAGGGUGCAUGAACAUUCUAGUUUUUUGAGGGGUUGCUGAAUUCUUAGAUUUUUAUUAAUUUUUUUCCCAAGAUGACAGAAUGUAAAUGGAUCUUUUGAUUAUUAAAAAAAUACUGAAUGAU